AUGCUUCGGAUCUCAUCCCAAGCUGCGUCAUCCUCCCGUUCUACCCUCUCCCGAUAUGUCCUCCCUAACAGAAAUGCGACCUCCCUCUCUCAUACCGCCCAACUCGCCCCUCCGCCUGUCAUCACUACCUUGCCUAACAAGAUCAAGGUGGUCACUGAAUCCACUCCUGGCCAUUUUCAUGCUGUUGGAGUCUAUGUGGAUGCGGGGAGUAGGUACGAAACUUCUAGGCAGAGUGGAGUCAGUCAUUUGGUUGAUCGUUUGGCAUUCAAAAGCACAGAAUCCCACACGGACGCUGAGAUGACAUCCCUCAUCGACAAACUUGGCUCCCAAGUCUCUUGCUCAUCUUCCCGCGAGACAAUCAUGUAUCAAUCUACCAUAUUCCCAUCACAUCUCCCUUUAGCCGUCGAACUUCUCUCAUCUACCAUCCUACGACCUCUGCUCCUCCCCGACGAGCUCGAAAACCAAAAGGCUGCAGCGGCAUACGAAAUCCGUGAGAUCUGGCAGAAACCUGAACUCAUUUUACCCGAGAUACUUCAUACCGUGGCUUUCAGGGAUAAUACAUUGGGCAUGCCACUUCUUUGUCCAGAAGAACAACUGCCCGCUCUGGGUGAAGGAGAGAUCCGGGGUUUUCUGAACAGAUGGUAUCGACCGGAAAGGAUGGUUGUAGCCGGAGUGGGCAUGGCUCAUGAAGAGUUGGUCGAUUUGGUCAAACUGCAUUUCGAUGGGAGAACAACAAAUUCCAGCCUUACUACAGGAGCUGGGGGUAAAUUGUGGAAAGGGGAACAACGGACAGGUAGCAAGUCUUAUGCUACGGUUUCGUCAGCAGGGGAGGAGAGUGAGUUUGAGAGACUAAGAACGGCCAGGGCUGUGUAUACAGGUGGAGAGGAGUAUAUUGCUUCGGAGGGAGAUUGCGGAAACUAUGCGCUUGCAACACUGCAGACGUUGCUUGGAGGGGGAGGAUCUUUCUCUGCUGGUGGUCCUGGAAAAGGCAUGUACACACGAUUAUACACAUCCGUUCUCAAUCGCUAUCAUAAAGUCGAUUAUUGCGCUUCGUUCCAUCACUGUUACGCCGACUCUGGUCUGUUCGGGAUAGCCGCUACGGUCUAUCCAGACUUUGCAGGCAGUAUAGCCGAUGUCAUCGCGCACCAAUUACACACGCUCACCGGACCCGUUCCCGGUGGAAUUGACAAGAGGGAAUUUGCGAGAGCGAAGAAUAUGCUGAAGAGCACUUUGGUGAUGGCCUUGGAGAGUAGGAUGACUGCUGUGGAAGACCUUGGUCGCCAAACCCAAAUCCAUGGUCACAAAGUGCCCGUGGAGGAAAUGUGUGACAAGAUCGACUCGCUCACCAUGGAUGAUCUAUGGAGAACGGCCAACAGAGUACUUCAUCCCUCUUCUGGUCUUUCCACACUCAACUAUGGCCUAGGGUCUGGAAGAGCGACGGUAGUGGCCCAGGGGCCAAAUGUUGAGGGGUUGGGGGAUGUGGGAGGGGUGUUGCGAAAGUGGGGGUUGGGGAUGCAUUGAUUGGGCUGUGGGAUGAGCGAGGUAUCAAGUAGUAAUAGGAGUAGCAGUAGUAUCAGUCAAUGGGGAUGUAUCAUGACACAC